AUGGCGACCGUGCAGCUGCCACAGGGCCUUAAAGCGCAUGCUGCCAAGAAGAACUUGGAGAGGCUCUUGUCCGUGGCGCCCGAGGCGGAUCGAGUGUUUUUCGUCCACGACAGAUCGCGGACACGUGAGCACUGCACGGGCCAUUGCCAGCCACCGUACCCCACGAAUGUCAUGCGCACAUCAAAGUACUCGAUCCUGACUUUCGUGCCACAUAACCUGCUUGAGCAGUUUCGACGAGUGGCCAACGUCUACUUUCUCGUAAUCUCUGUCCUCCAGCUCACAACAUCGUCGUUGUCGCCCACCAACACGUACUCGACGGUGUUGCCGUUUGUCAUUGUGUUGGCUGUAACCAUGGUCAAAGACGCCAUCGAGGACCGCCGUCGAUAUGUCGCUGAUGCGACGGUCAACCUCUUGACCACCCAUCGCCUCGUCCGGUCAUCGUUCGAGGUCGUGACGUGGCAGUCUCUAGAGGUAGGCGACAUCGUCCGCGUGAUGGAUGGGGACUCUGUGCCCGCCGACCUCCUCCUGGUCGUGUCUGGUGAAAGCAGUACCGAGGACAACGCUGCUGACGCUAGUCAAUCAUCAGCAUAUGUGGACACGUCUGGUCUAGACGGUGCGGCCCAUCCCAAGUUGAAGCAGUGCCUUGAUAACACUUCAUCCUCAACAACAAUGUCGCUCGAACCGUACCACGGUCGGCAAAUCUGCUGUGACACCCCCAACCCGUCGUUGCUUGUCAUGGGCGGCAGCAUCACAAGUGGCUCUGGAACGAUCGAGGACGCCACUAAAUUCACGAUCGACAACGUCCUCUUGCGAGGCACGAUGUUAUGCCGUACGAAAUGGGUGGUUGGGAUCGUCUUGGCCACUGGGCACGACACAAAGCUGCUGCAACACUGUCAACGACCCAUGGCCAAGUUUAGCCAGAUCGACCGUGUCGCGAACCGAUGCAUUGGCGCCCUGAUUGGUGUGCUUGUGGUGUUGGUCACUGCCAGCGCUGCCGCCGGUCAAGGAUUUUUGCAGCAGCCAGCGCAUGUUGUAGGAACAUUCGGGCUUGAAAAUGAACCGGGGAUGCAGUUUGGGUCGCUAUGGAUCACGUACCUUAUUUUGUACAGCCACUUGGUGCCCAUGUCACUGUACAUUACGCUUGACGUGGUCAAGUGGUUCCAAGUCAAGCAAAUCGAACGAGACACGUCCAUGGCAUGUCCAGUGACUGGUCGAUUGGUCACAGCCAACACGGCCAACUUGAAUGAGGAUCUCGGCCAAGUCAAGUACGUCUUCACCGCCAAAACAGGCACCCUCACAGCAAACGUUAUGGCGUUGCGAUUGUGCAGUGUUGACGGCACCAUCGUAGACCAUGUUCGUGUUGAUAUAUCGCAUGGAUAUUACCAGCAUCUCAAUUCACGUUUGGGUACUGUCCAUGUAGAUCGAACCUUGGCUCGAUGUGUUCUGCUCUGUCAUGCUGCCACGUACUACGACCAGCGCCUGUACUCGUCCAGUCCAGAUGAAAUGGCGCUAUUAGCCGGUUUCUCGAGGUUGCACUGCGCAUUCCAAGGUCGCAACGGCAAUGUCGUUACGAUUUCCAUCUUUGGUGACGUCGAAACAUACCUUGUGCUGGCAUGCAACCCAUUCGACAGCAUCCGCAGGUGCAUGUCGGUGCUGGUACAGCGCCAAGGCGAAGACCAGGCCACGGUAUAUUGCAAAGGCGCGGAUAGUGCUUUGAUGCCCCGUUGUGUGCGUCAGUCAUCGGUGACGUUAAUAGCGCAGCACGUGCUACAAUUUGCAUGCGCUGGCCUCCGCACCCUUGUGUUUGCUUCCCGUCUCAUUACGGGCGACGAAUUCACAUCGAUUGGUAAGGUGGCCAUAUCGCAGGACAGGGAUGCAUUGGUGGAAGCUCUCGAAGGCCCCUCUAUGGCCAUUCUCGGGGCGACGGGGAUCGAAGACCGCGUUCAAACUGGUGUUCCCAGCUGCAUUGGCAUGCUGCGCCAAGCUGGCUUGCGCAUUUGGAUGGUCACGGGUGACAAGGAUGAGACUGCCGUGGCCACUGCUUCCGCCUGUGGGCUGUACACCACCGGCUGUGCGCCUCCAACAGCAGCCGCCUCGCAAUGCCAGCCAUUCUUGCAACACCAUCAAUCGCUCCUGCUGUCCGUAGACGGCACCUCGGUGGACGAAUGCCUGGACCAGAUCACUCAACAUCGCCGGGCGUUGAAGAAACAAGGGCUGUGGAACCCCGAAACCGUGAUCCCGACGCUCGUGGUGGUUUUACACGGACUUGCGCUGGACACGAUCGUGGCUGCAAACUACGAGGUCCCCACCGACCUCCUCUUGGAGCUACUGGUCCAAGCUAGCACUGUGGUAGCGUGCCGCGUGACUCCAGCACAAAAAGCCACGCUGGUGCGCUUGGUCCAGAUGUACGACCCCGGGAACGUCACGCUGGCCAUUGGCGACGGUGGCAACGACGUGCCGAUGCUCCAAACCGCCUAUAUUGGCGUCGGACUCUACGGCCGCAAAGGCUAUCAAACCGUACGCGCGGCGGACUUCGCCAUAGCCGAGUUCCGAUUCCUGAGUUCAUUGUUGCUCCUCCAUGGCCGAUGGAACCACCGCCGUAUCAUGCACGUGCUUCUCUUCACCUUGUACAAGAACUUGGUGCUGGUCGCGACCGUCGGGUUGUUUUCAUUUUUCACGGGCUUUUCCGGCCAGACUUUGAUCGAUUCAUCCCUGAUUGUGGGCUGGAACGUCCUAUUCACAAUCGCGCCUAUGUUUGUGUUUGGCAUUGUCGACCAAGACAUCACCACCACCACGGUCCUUCACUUUCCCGCCAUCUACCAAGAAAUGGAGCCCCUCCACGCCCGCAAGUUUCUUCUCUGGGCCGCCUCAGCCGUGUUGCAUUCAUCGAUUAUUCUCUACAUCAUGACGACGUCCGUUCGAGGCAGUCCGUCGGAGCAAGGCGGGGUUUUCUACUUGGGCACAAUCGUCUUUGGUGCUACUCUGUUGUCCAUCACAGUCAAAGCCGCCAUGACGAUGCAUCGGUGGCAUCGGUGGCAGCGUGUUCACGUGGCGUCGCUCGCCGUAGGCCCGGUUCUGUUUGCGGUAGUUGUGUGGGUGUGCUCGAAUCUGUACAUUCUGUGGCCCCACCUGCAAGUGGCUCGCGACUUUGCGGGCCUCGGCACCGCCUUGAUAUCUCAUUGGACGUCGGUGACGCUCUUAAUUCUAGUCGCCGUGUCCGCCAGUAUCUUGCCAGAUGUGGCGUUCAUUGUGUUUCAACGACUUUAUUAUUAUUCGAACCGCCAUGUCCUCCAAGAAAUUGAUAGUCACUCAAAUCGCCGGUCGGACAAGCCACAGAUUGUCGCUCCCUGUCCAGAUACCCCGGCAGCCAGCCUCGUUGUAACUGACCCCCUAAGCGAUUCCUGCGGGGGGCGUAGCAGCCCCCAGUCCCCGGCUCCUACGCCCGUUCCGACCGGAGACAUCCCCAUGUCCACGGCGCCACCUUCCUCGGAAUGCGCCAUUCUCAUCGCCCAACUGCAACGCCUCCACGCUACCCACCGCGCCGACCCCGAAGAUAACCUCCUCGCGGCAACCGACACGAAGAUGCACCCGACGAAAAUGGCGUUUGUCGGCAAACAACGAGUGGCCCUCGAGAGCGAAUUCGACGCGAGCGUUGUGCGGCAAGAACGCCAUCGGGUUCGGUUUUAUGUGUACGUGGCCACGUCGCUCAUGCUGGCAAGUGUCUUGCUCGAGUACUUUGUCCGUCCAGCCACCACGUUUCCCAACUUCCCCAGAGUUCCCUCUCCUCCUCUUGUCCAUUCGGAGGCGCCCCCACGACGCCCCAGCGUUCGACAACCAGACGCCCGCCAAGAACAUGCAAUGACAACGUCAUUUUUGGUGUCCAGACUCAUCAUCGUCGUGUUGGCCCUUGCGUAUGCCCAGUUUACUCGCACUUCUACCUUUUCCAAGCAUUAUCACAUUGCAAUCAUGGUCCCGUUGGCCGUCACGGGUGUCGUGGUGUCGGCCACGAUUACCGUGACGGGGUAUGUGUCGGCGGUGCUGUUUCCCAUCGUGGUACUCACCAUGCUCCACGUGCAAUUCACAGCAGCCUUGUUGCUCGUGCUGGGCAACUUUGCCGUAUACGUCGUGCUUCAAAUGUUGUUUUCAGCUGGCUUGUCCCCCAUCGAACUGGGCGCGUUCACGUGUUACAUUGCGCUCGUGGUGGGGCUGGCGGCCCACGGCUGCUGGCGCAGGCAAUAUGCGAUGCGAGUCGACUUUUUGCAGCAUCGCGCCUUGGCCAUUGAGGAGUUCCGCGCCAUGGAUAUGCUCCGGAGCAUGUUUCCGCCGCACGUGAUGGCCAAGCUCAAGGCCGGAGACGCCGUCAUUUCCGAACAAGAGCCCCACGUGACUGUUCUUUUUUGCGACGUCGUCGACUUGCACGCGUUCAUGCAUGACCACGCCCCGGCCGAAGUCGUCGCGCUGUUGGAUCAUAUAUACUCGCUCUUUGACGAGAUGUGCGGGCGGUUUGGAGUGCAAAAGAUGGAAACUGUGGGCAAAACGUACAUGGCGUGUGCUGGCAUGCAGUCUGACGGUGUCGACGGAGGUCAACUAGCCGCGCUUCGGGCGGCGUGCUUGGCCCAAGAAAUGCUCCGACUCAUGGCGACAUGUCGAACCCCGCGGGGCACCACCAUCCCCCUUCGCAUCGGUCUGCACAGCGGUCGCGUGCUGAGCGGCCUCGUGGGCCGAAAGAAGCAGCAGUUUUCCCUCUUCGGCGAUACCGUCAACACUGCCUCGCGUAUGCAAAGUACUGGACUGAUUGGUGCCGUCCAAGUGUCGGAAGCUACCCACCUCCAUCUCAAGUCGUCGUUCUCAUUUGAAUCGAGACAUGUCGACGUCAAAGGCAAAGGCCCCAUGACCACAUACUUGUUGGGGGAGCCCGUGUCUGAUGCGGCGCGGCAGCUCCUUCGACCGCGACCGGCCAAACCAGCACCAUCGGCGGCGACAGCGGGCGAUCGCCACGACGUAGCCAUGGCGGCCAACGUACAUCCCACGUGGCUGCACUUUACCGAGCCCAGCAUGGAAGCGGCGUUCGUCGCGGCAACCUCCGCCGCGCGGGACACGGCCGCCAUGUACGUGUUGUACGCCCUGGGGCUGUACAUGGGUGGAUUUGCCCUUGUCCGAGACAUCGUGCUGGGCGUGGAUGACAACCGGAUCACUUCGGAUCUGUUGGUAUUCAGCGUCGUGUCGCGCCUUACGAUGGUGGCGGCGACAGUUGGCGUCCUUCGAUGGCGACCUGCGAUGGUGCUGUCGCGUACAUGCUUAGUGGCAUGUCUCUGCAUAACUAUCUUGGCCUCGUACCAUAUUUGGGCCGUCCAAACGUGCGGCGCCGAUAGACAAGGCGACAUGCUAGCUCUGGACGUUGUGUGGGUCAUGUUUGCCGUCUCCAACAGCGGAGCUCUCGUCCACCGGGCUGCCAUUGGGUUCAACGUGGCAGCGUGGGCGGUCAGCAUUCCCGUCUUUGUGCUGUCGUACACCCGACAAGGCACGUCCGAUUGCAUGUAUCCGAUCAUUUUAACGUCGUGCGCGGCGAUUGCAAAUGUGACAACGUCGCGGCGGAUUGAGUUCUUUAAUCGACGGGUGCUGUGGCUGCAACAACGGACCCAGCUCGAAACCACAAAAGCCGACGAGCUGCUCUACCAGCGCCUGCCCCAAGCCGUGGUGCGUCGCAUGAAGCAAGGCGACGUCGUGUGCGACGAACAUGUCAACGUGGGUAUUUUGUACUCGGACAUCAAGGGGUAUACGUCCAUCGCGUCCAAAGCCAACACAGAGCAAGUGAUCCACAUGCUCGAUACAACGUUUGCCUCAUUCGAUACGCUCACAGACAAGCACAACGUGUUCAAACUCCAAACCAUCGGCGAUGCUUAUGUGGUCGUGUCGGGGCUGCCGUACGUCGACGCCGCCAUGCCCGACGCUGGCAAGGAUGGCAUCCCCAAGCUGUUGCGCCAGGACACAAAUGCAGAUGCAGCCGUCCGCGAAAUCCAGCGAGACCAAGCGCGGCAGCAGACGACGACCAACGCUCCAUGUAUGCGAGUGGACCUGCACCUGCAGAAUCUGCUGCACAUGGCCCUCGACAUGAUCCACCAAGUGGCGCAGGUGCACGACCCCAACACGAACGAACCGCUCCAAAUGCGGAUUGGCAUCCACCUCGGCCGUAUUUACGGCGGCGUGAUCGGCAACACGACGCUACGCUACGACAUGUGGGGGCCAGAUGUGCUCACGGCCAACGAAGUCGAAAGCAACGGCGUGGCGGGAAAGGUCGUGGUGACCGAUGCAGUCAAGACAGAACUCGAAGCACUUGGAAUUGAAUGCCAUUACCACUGUGAUAUCAAAGCCAACGUGAAAACGUACGUCGUGCAGCUCGAGCCUGGCCACGACUUGCCUCGUAGCGACAGCCCACGAAGAGCCACGUCCACAGUCGGCAGCGGCGGCACCUCGCCCGCCAAACUUCGAAAGUCUUACUAGUCUUCGUCCGACCAAUCCGACGGCUCCGACAUACCCAAUGAGUCGGAUCGGUGGCGGUUGUUGGCAGCGUUCAGGCCCAGCAUGCGCUACAUCCCACGUUAAUUACCAAUAUAUAUAUGGCAUAUAUAUAUAUAUAUAUGCAUGGCAAACCAA